GAUGGUUCGGAGCAAAACCGAUAAUACAUGGAAAACACAGUGGUCAACGCGACGCGCCAGUGGUGCCGAUGAAAAAGAUCGCGUGGCCAAAACGAAAUUAGAAUUCCGAUAUGUGGCAUUGUUUGAAAAUUGACGCGUUUUUUGGAAUAUGUAAUUUUCGACAGAUGAACGCGUUAUGAAUGGGCAAAUUGACGUCCUUUUGUCGUGACAAAGAAUUGCAUCAAAGGCAGGAUUGUGUGUAAGUACCCAUUUCUAUUAUAUUGGCUGCUCCUUGGUUUGAAAAAAAUACAAGGGCCAAAAAAAAAUUUUAUUACCGAGUGGCAAAGACAAGUCCAAAUCAGUGCGACUGCUCGAGCGUGCAUCAGUUGCAACGAUUUUUUUUUCCUUCUUUCUCCACCAAUUGUAUUUAUUAUCCUUGCGGGCCACAGCCACCAUAAAACAGCGUACCCUUUUUAUUACCUAUCCUUGAUACCUCGUAACCCUCCCCUCUACAUAACGAUGACGGAAUACGUCUCUUCAGCAGCCUCCAAGAAAGAAGAACGCAAAAGAAAGCAAGAGGAGAUUGUCAAGGAACUCCAAACUCAAGAUCUUGACGGAUACCAGAAGCUGUCCAAAAUUGGCGAAGGCACUUACGGCAUUGUCUUUAAAGCGCGACAGACCAAAACCAAUCGAUUGGUAGCAUUGAAGAAGAUUCGUCUCAAUUUCAGUGAAGGCGUCCCUACUACCGCCGUUCGAGAAAUCGCCCUACUAAAAGAAGUGAAUCACACCAAUGUUAUCCGAUUACUCGAUCUGAUCCAAAAGGACACUUCGAUUUACCUUGUUUUCGACUUUUCCGAAGUGGAUCUGCGGCGGUAUAUGGAUGCAGUAGGACGAAAAGGUCUAACGCCUGCCCACAUAAAAAGCUUUAUGCAUCAGCUUAUUUGCGGUAUCCGAUAUUGUCAUUCUCACCGUAUUCUUCAUCGAGAUUUAAAGCCGCAAAACUUGUUGAUCGACCGAAACGGCAAACUCACCAUCGCAGAUCUGGGGCUAUCCAGAGCCUUUGCAGUCCCUUUACGAACAUAUACACAUAACGUCAUUACACUUUGGUAUCGAGCGCCCGAAAUUCUGUUAGGCAGUCGGCAUUAUUCUACAGCAGUAGAUAUGUGGAGCAUUGGAUGUAUAUUUGCAGAAUUGAUGAUACUUAGGCCAUUAUUCCCAGGAGAUUCGCAGAUCGAUGAACUCUUCCAUAUAUUCCGUCUACUUGGCACACCAUCUGAAGAGGAAUGGCCGGGUGUCACAGCAUUGCCCGAUUAUAACCCUGGAUUUCCUGUAUGGAAUGCGGUAGAUUUACGAACAAAAUUCAAGACUUCCAAACAUUUUGUCGAUCUUGGUGAUCAUGCUUUUGACUUGCUGAAGUCUAUGAUUACAUACAAUCCUGCGGAGCGUAUUGCGGCAAAAACGGCAGAAGAACACGAUUACUUUUAUGAUGAUCUCAGCAUGUUGCAAUUCUAGGCUGGAACUUCGGUAGAUUCUAUUUCAAACAGUUUAAUCUAUAUAUAUAGAUGAAAUUUGCAUAGAAAAAGGGAAAGUAAUGGAAGCAAACACUAUUUAAGAAUAAAAUAUGUAAACCCCCG